AUGGCUAGUAAAUCACCAGAAAUAAUCCCACAAUCGCCGCCCCAAAAUGGUCGCCUGCAUGAAAAUAAGCUUACGCAGUGCUUCGAUGAUAUAAUGAGGGUAGCCGUGGAAAUGAUGCUACAUCAGCAGCUAAAGACUGUACAACUAGAUUCAUCAGUCGUGAAUGGAUUUAGCCACAAUCAACAAAGAAUGCUUAGUGAGAAAAUUCAUAUCUUCCAUGCAAUCCUUGACGAUAUGGAAACGACACUAGGUAAGAGUAAAGAUUACGUUGAAGCCAUCUAUGAACUUGGCAGAGAGAAGGAAUUACAAAAGGAAAGAGAAAGGGAAGAGUUGAGGAGGCGACAGGAGGAAGAAGAGAGAAAGAGCAAAGAACAAGAAGAGUUGAGAAGACACCAAGAGAUGGAGUUGAAAGCUCAACAAGAGAAAGAACAACAGCAACAAGAGCAACAAGAACAACAAAAACAACAAAAACAGGAUAACGACGUGGAGCCAGAUUUGAAAAUGAAAUUUUCGAUGGACACACCAAGUGGUCUGCUGGCAGAUUUCCCUGGUGCUUCUGGCGAUAUGAAUGAAACUGGUGCUAUCCCGAAGAACUCGGAUGAUAAGCCCGUUUCACCUCGACAAUAUUCUACAAAAAUCAAACAAGAACAGGGUCUACCUCAAGGAGAUCUUGGAGAUUUAGGUGGAAUGGAUAUAUCAAUGUUUCCCAACAUGGAUACGGGAUUUGAUAUGGGCAGCAUGGGUGGUGAGCCAGAUCCUAAUAAACAAGGAGGCUCAAAUGACCCUACGGCUGGGUUGCCUGAGUCGGAGAACGCCAACGAUGUCGCUGGAACCUUGGGAGAUCCUGGUAACAACGGAGUAGUCGAUAAUAGUGAUGAUUAUUUGACAUUAAACGACUUUAACGAUUUGAACAUCGACUGGUCAGCCACUGGGGAUCCUGGGGAUUUAGACUUAAAUGGGUUUAACAUUUGA